AUGAUAUGGAAGAAAUACGCAGGGUUUGCGUUUCUUUACCCUCAUCAUCUUCUAAAAUCUUCUACACUUUCAGUUUUAAGUAAUGCUAUAAAUCCAGUUCCCAUAAAGCUUCAACAUUAUUCUUCUUCGCCUUUGCUUCCAGUCAAUGUCCAAGUCAUUCAUGCCAAGAAAAUCAAAGACGGGUCUGCUCGCGACUUACCUAUCAGUAACUACGUUUUAAAUCUUUACACAAAAAGUAACCAUUUAGCCUCUGCACAGAAGCUGUUUGAUGAAAUUACUCAAAAAGAUGUUCGAACGUGGACGAUACUCAUAUCGGGUUUUUCUCAAUUUGGGUUUAACGGAAAUGCAUUAUCGUUGUUCAUUAAGAUGCGAAAAGAGGGUAUUGUUAUUCCUAAUGAGUUCACUUUAUCUAGUGUUUUCAAGUGUUGUUAUAGAGUUAGUAACGGGCUUAGAUUAGGAAAGUCCAUACAUGGCUGGAUUGUCGUUACUGCUGCAGUUGAUUUGGAUGUUGCUUUGGAGAAUGCUAUACUUGAUCUUUAUGUUAAAUGUGAGUCUUUGGAUUAUGCUAAACGCUUCUUUGAACAGAUGAGUGAUAAAAACGUCGUAUCUUGGAAUAUAAUGCUGGCAGGAUAUCUCGGUACAGAUGAUAUGGAGACGAGUGUCAAACUUUUUAAAAUAAUGCCUGAAAAAGAUGUUUCCAGUUGGAAUACAAUCAUUGAUGGACUUUUGCAACAUGGGUUUGAUAGGGAUGCCCUUAAGCUCCUACGUCAAAUGACCUUAGAUGGGACUUCUUUUAACAAUGUUACGUUUUCUAUAUCAUCAGUGUUGAUGUCUUCGCUUAGAAAUCUUGAAUUAGGAAGGCAAAUCCAUGGUAAAGUGAUGAGGUUGUCAAUGUACAAAGACACGCUUGUAAGGGCCUCGUUAAUUUUUAUGUACAGCAAAUGUGGUCAGAUGGAGAAGGCUUCUAGGAUUUUCCAAGAAUUCCAUCAAGGUAUUGUUGAAGUACAACAUUCACAUUCUGUUCCGUGGAGUACAAUUAUAUCAGGUUAUAUUCACAAUAGCAUGCUGAAAGAUGCUUUACAAGUCUUUAGCUCCAUGGUACGUGAUCAAUUGGAAGUUGAUGUGUUUACACUAUCAAGCAUUCUUAGUGCUUCUGCAAGUAGUGGGCUUUUGGAACUUGGCUGGCAGAUUCAUGGCUAUCAAUUAUAG